GGGAGACAGACAGAGAGACACAGGGAGACAGACAGACACAGAGACAGAGAGACAGACAGAGACACAGGGAGACAGACAGAGACACAGGGAGACAGAAAGACACAGGGAGACAGACAGAGAGACAGACAGAGACACAGGGAGACAGACAGAGACACAGGGAGACAGAAAGACACAGGGAGACAGACAGAGAGACAGACAGAGACACAGGGAGACAGACAGAGAGACACAGGGAGACAGACAGACACAGGGAGACAGAGAUACACAGGGAGACAGAGAGACACAGAGACACAGAGAGACACAGGGAGACAGACAGAGACACAGGGAGACCGAGACACAGGGAGACCCAGAGUGAGACACAGACAGAGAGACACAGGGACACAGAGAGACACAGGCAGAGAGACACAGCGAGACCGAGAGACGACACAGGGAGACAGCCCCUGGCGUCAGCCCGUGCUCUUCCUGCUCGGCCACAAUGAGGUUUCGGUUUUCUGGAGAUCGAGAUUGCCCGGACUGGGUUCUUGCAGAGAUUAGCACGCUCACGAAGUUGACAUCUGUGAAGAUGAAGCUUCUCUGUGUUCAGAUGAUUAAAGACCUACUUGGAGAGCCAAUUGAUUACCAGAAAAUCACGAAGCUUACAGAAGAUGCAAAAUUUGAAAGUGGGGAUGUGAAGGCAAGUCUGGCUGUACUCGAGUUUGUGCUGUGCAGUGCGGCUAAGUACAACGUGGAUGGAAAUUCUCUCUCCAGUGAACUACAGCAGUUAGGUCUGCCAAAAGAACACGCGUCCGCUCUGUGUAAGGUCUAUGAAGAUAAGCAAGCGGAACUCCAGGAUCAGCUGAAGAGUCAGAGCCUGCGCCUGAGUCGUCUGGCAGGCGUCUCAUGGCGUGUGGACUACACACUCUGCUCCAGCGAGCUAGCGGAGGUUAAUGAACCAUCUGUGCAGCUUCGGCUUAAUAUCCAGGAUGGGGCCACUGGAAUCAUCAAUCCGAUCGCCUUCACACUGUCUGACAGCAAACUGCGAGUCCUUCUCACAGAGCUGAAGACGGCACAGCAGCAGAUGUCAGAGUUGAGCUGAGCAUCGAAUUGAUCGGACCUCUGUUGGAAGUGUGGAGCACAACAGCAGAUCUACGCUGUGGACGAUGCUCAUUCUAUCCCUCUGCUUUUGUUAUUACACCUUUGUUAAAUCUCUUGUCACCGCAUAAUAUGGCUCGUUGAAAGUAUUUACAGGUAAUGGUUCACUUCACAAUUUAUUUUCUUAUUCACACAUUUGCUUGUAUUGUGCUGUCCACGUGUAAUUUAAAUACAAUAAACAGUUCAUUCCGUUGUGUACUUUU